AUGUCAGGACUCGGGAAAUCAGCGAAACCAAUCAGGCAAUUGUCCUUGCAACAACCGGCACCGCGUCGACAGCAAAUCAGGCGACAAAGAUCAGCAGAGGAUGAUAAGUCGUUACAUAUCUGCGCGAACCCCUUUGCACGUGGUAAUCGCGGUACCGGUAAACCUGAUUCGGAAAGACCCAAGGUUCGCGUGGCCUGGAGCGAGAAUCGCCGGAACAAUGAAAAACAGCUGGGACAAGUGGAAGUGGUGGCUCGUCAAAUCCCUGGACGUUCCAGGCCAGCCACCGCAAAGAGCCGUGAUUACGUCGGGAUGGAAAAGCCGCCAAUUCUUUACUCGAGACAAGAACUCGCGGAAAGAUUGAGGCUGGCUUGGAAACACCGGGAGGAGAAUAAGGUGAACAUCAAUAUUGUUCUGGCUCACAGAAUCGUAGAAGAAAGAUGCGACUCGGAAAUGUCCAACCACGCGACCAUCACCGCUCCGUCAUUCCCGUUGCUAAAAAAUGACAAAAACAGACUAAAUGUUCCCAUGUCUACUGGCUGCACAUCGAUACACAACGAACAAAUUCAAGAAUCAGAAAUUGGUAUGGACUUCGAUGGGAACCGUGCGAAGAAAGUGGAAAAUGUUAUGAUGAAGUCGAACACGAUUGCAACGGAAGAAGAUAAGGUUCUGUCAAAAGAUGGAGACAAACUGACAGAUUUUAAGGAUUUUUGUCACAAAAUACGAAAGAAUAUAGCGUUAGAGGGAAACGAAAUUUUUGAGGCUGCAAGGAAAAAGGAAUCAGAGAAGAGUGAUUUGGAAGGGACGCAAGAUCAAAUACCAAGACGCUCAAAUAUCGACGACUUUACUGCCAACACUUCUAACGUCAAAAACAAGACAUCGAUGACCACCGACUGUUCCACGAUAUUGUCAUCGAUUAGACGGGAAAGUUCAACGCCGACUGCUCUAAAAAUAUCAAAAGAUAAUUUUUCGUAUGCGAAGCAAAAACGGGCCAGUUUUCACAGCGGCGCGAACAGAGCUUUCCUCGAUCCAAUUAGAUCCUCGACCGAAUUCAAAUGGAACACAACGACGGAAAAAUCUGCAUUCCCUAAACUUACCAAAGAUGUCAAACUCGAAAAAAGCACGUCCAUUCGAACUCCAGAAAACAAAAACAACGUUGGAGUUGACAAAAUGGUAAUCUCAAAGAAUACAUCAGAUUUUAAGUGUGCUACGAUUACCGACAAAAGUGUGACUCAGAAGAUCAUUGUAGAUACCAGAACAACAUCAACGUUUGAAAGAAAUUCGCGAUCUAAAACAUUGAUCGAAAGUAAAGAUCCGUCGAUAGAUAAUACAACAAUACAGAAAGCAUGUGACGGUAAUAAAAUAAUUCCUUUGACGGUUAAGAGGACUGGGUCUCUGAGUACGGUUGUGGAAAGUAAAGAUGGUACCGCGAUCGAGAAAGGCGCGUUCACAAGGCAGACGUCGGAAAUUCGAUGCAACUCUGUGAACGAUAGACAACCACUGUCGAAGAAAAUGGAAGUCCAGAAAACCGAUCAAAAAUCGAGAAGAACCAGCUCGGCUCCACCACAGAGGCAUUCGGGACACGUUUCUGGUAAUCGUGUUCAAGUGAAUAUUGUUAUCGACACGCCAAUAAUUCCGAUGAAAAGCAACGAUCAAGAUAAGACGACCGCAGAUAGUAAAGAUAGCGCGCCAAAAAGAUUAGAUGCAACUUCGAUAAAGAUAUCAUCAGGGCGGGCGGUGAGAUCAGCGCCCCUGAAGAAACAUUCGAGGAGCGUGAAGAAGCAUUCCUGGCGAUCCGGAUCAUGCAAAACUGACGAGGACGAGAAAUCGCGAAACCGAUCAACUGCCCGUGGAAGAAACUCGAUCGACUCGAGAACCAUCGAUAUCGUCACGAUGGUGUCCCUAGUCAGCUCCGCGGACAGCGACACCGAUACAGAGAACUCGCCCGGGGAUGAUAAGUUGAUCGAUGAGUUACACAGCAAACUACCCACUGCAUCGAUCAUCAAGACGUCGAUGAAUUCAGCCUCGAGUAUCGGAAGAAAGCCCAUUAAAUCAGUUUCCUUCCAGAGGGAUUCUUUCGACGAGAACCAGCCAAAAGAGCAACAACCCUCGGCAAGAGAGGAGAAAAAAACAACGCAACCGCGGCUUGCAAUCGUUAACCACCGUGGAAACGGCGGUGACUCCUCGUCGACCGAGGAAACGGUGCCUUGGAGAACGGACAUCCCCGGCUUGGCCCUGCCUGUUCUGGCAUUGAUUCACGAUAAGGAGGAGGCUCACAACGUACCGUUGACUGAUCGCGAAAAGAGAUGCCUAGCGGUGCCUAUCGGUGAUUUACACGACAAAAAACGGAAGCUGCUGAAAACACGUAGCGCGCUGUCACGACCAGGAAUGGAAAAACUGGCCAUGCCACGGGAAAUAAAAAUACAGGAAUCGCCAAGGACUGUAUCGCAGAAAAUAGAAACUUUUACGCAACAUAUAAAAACGCCGGUGAAUAAUAAUUCUUCGUUAAGUGUGAAAGAGACAUUUCCAACAGCUUCGAAAGAAGCAGCUCAACAAGUACAGUCGCUAUCUACGGAACCCCAGUUUCAUACCAAUAAAGAGAAAGAAUGUUGGCAUCUUUACAGGAAGAUGUGUGACAAAGGUGUUUGCGUGUCCUUUGACACUGUUUUAAGAGGUAUGCUAACACCAACGGAAUAUCGAUUGAGACAGAAGGAACAUUUUUAA